GACAUGAAUGAUAUUGAUAGAGUAAAUUGCAUAUACUUAUGAUGUUUAAAUUCACUAGUGAUUUACUGAUUUAGGCUGACAAUGACAUAGUUAUGGGUCAUCAACUGGUACUACGGCGAAUGAUAUACUGUGGCAGUGGGUUUGAACUUUGAAAGCAGAACUUUGUAAUUUAUACUAUUCAUUACCAGACUAAUUUCAAUUGACCAUUUUCAAAAUGAUAAGGUAAUUUAUUUCCUUGGACUUUGAUAAAUAUGUAAAUAUGGGACGUGGGAAGAAAAGACUAAGAAAUCAGGACACAAAAAAAACAGUUCAGAAACUGUUUUUGGAAUCACCAUUUUCAAUUAAAUGGCCUAAGAUACCUGUUGAAGAUGAAAUUAUUAUCAUGAAUGCAAUAGAGAAAGUAAUUUCAGAACACCCAGAAGUCAAACUUAUAGAUAAACCUGCCCAAGGUUCCAGAAUUGUAGUGACUGACCCUGGAAGGUCCAUGAGAUCUGAGUUAGUGUUUGGAGUAAAUGCUGUUACCAGAGCUACAGAAAAGAAUGAUCUAGUUGCAGUGUUGGUCACUAAUGCUGUAAAACCUCCACAGUUGUCAUGGCACCUUGUACCUCUAUGUGCUAGUAGAGGAAUACCGGUAAUAUGUUUGAAGGAACUCAACACUUCUGUUUCCAAGCUUUUCAAUAUUCACUCUCUAGUUACCUUAGGACUAAAGACCUGUGUACAGAAAGAAGAGUCAAUUUUCAGAGAUGUGUAUGAGCUUAUAAAGCAGAAAGCACCACCAGUGGUUUUACCUUUCAAUCAAUUGUACGAAGAAAUUAUCCCAGUAGAGAAGAUGGAAACUGAUUGUAGUUUAUUAGCGAAAACGGCUUCAGAAGAUCCUGAAAAAACAAAGCAUGUUUUUAAUACAAGUUCUGCGCAGUCAGAUAUAGUUACUCCAGCAUUUCUACCCUUAAGUAGUAAUGAAGAUAGUGCUUUGACUUUUCUGACUGAUAAUAAAUGGUUUUUUACCUGUGAAGUUCCACCAGAAGUGGAUAAUCUGUCGAUAAGAGUGAUUUCUCAUGGUGAAAUUGAAAAUGUACUGCAUCGUGAAAAGGGCCAAGAACAAUGCUUAGAAAACCUGAUGAAUACAGCUAAGAAGAAGAUUUUUUUCCCUACUAAACUGAAAUAUGCUGUUUCCUCUGGUAAAGUGAAAAUUAAAAAGAAAAUAAAAAAUAAGUGAGUUUCAGAAAUACAUGUACAAUAUUUUACAGCUAUUUUCAUCAUACCUCAUUGAUGCUACAGGUUGUUGUGAAAUCUUCACA